CCGUGAUAUUUUCUUUCCGGUGCUUGGCCGCCUGCUCCUCCCUACCCGGGCCCUGCGCCCCCGCCCCGCGGCCCUCGCCGCUGGGCCGCCGCCGCCAUGAAGAAGUUCUUCCAGGAGAUCAAGGCUGACAUCAAAUUCAAGAGCGCAGGGCCCGGCCAGAAGCUCACGGAUUCCGCAGGAGAGAAGAAUCCCAAAGAAAAGUCACCACAGCUGGGCCUCCGGCAGCCCCGCCAGGGCCCCACUGAUGAGGCGCAGAUGGCAGCCGCUGCUGCCCUGGCCCGGCUGGAACAGAAGCAGCCUCGGUCCCGUGGGCCCACAUCUCAGGACUCCAUCCGGAACCAGGUGAGAAAGGAACUUCAGGCCGAAGCCACCUCCAGCAACAGCCCAGGGGCUCCCGGAACCAACGUGGUACCUGAACCCAAAGAGGAAAUCUCUCCCCACCUGGCAGUGCCUGGUGUGUAUUUCAUCUGCCCACUCACAGGCGUCACCUUAAAGAAGGACCAGCGAGAUGCGCAUAUCAAGGAGGCUAUCCUGUCGCACUUCUCCACAGACCCUGUGGCUGCCUCUAUCAUGAAGAUACAUACAUUUAACAGAGACCGGGACCGGGUGAAGCUGGGAGUGGAUACCAUUGCCAAGUACCUGGACAACAUCCAUUUGCAUCCAGAGGAGGAAAGGUACCAGAAAAUCAAACUACAGAACAAGGUGUUCCAGGAGCGCAUCAACUGCUUAGAGGGCACCCAUGAAUUCUUUGAAGCCAUUGGCUUCAGGAAGGUGACACUGCCGGUUCCAGAUCAGGAGGGCUCCGAAGAGUUCUAUGUGCUGGGUGAGGCCGCACGGGCGCAGCCGGAGAGCCUGGAGCAGCAUAAGCGGCAGCUGCUGAAUGCGGAGCCAGUGCGUGCUACGCUGGACCGGCAGCGCCGCGUCUUCCGUCCCUCGGCCCUGGCCUCACACUUCGAGCUCCCUGCCGACUUCUUUAGCCUCACUGCCGAGGAGGUAAAGCGCGAACAGAGGCUCAGAACCGAGGCUGUGGAGCGGCUGAGCUCGCUGAGGACCAAGGCCAUGCGGGAGAAGGAGGAGCAGCGGGAGCUGCGCAAAUACACCUAUGCUCUACUGCGCGUGCGCCUGCCGGACGGCUGCCUGCUGCAGGGCACCUUCUACGCCAGGGAGCGGCUGCCCGUGCUCUUCCAGUUUGUGCGCGAGGCACUGCAGAACGACUGGUUGCCUUUUGAGCUGCGGGCCUCAGGAGGGCAGAGGCUGGUGGAAGACCAAGCCCUGGCCCUGAAUGAAUGUGGGCUGGUACCGUCUGCCCUGCUGACCUUCUCCUGGGAUGCUUCUGUGUUGGAAGACAUGAGGGCUGCAGGAGCAGAACCAGCCACAUCUGUCUUGAGGCCUGAGCUGCUUGCAGCCAUGGAGCAGCUCUCCUGAAUAAAAGCAUCCUUGGCCUGGUGUGGCUGUCUCAUGCCCAUGUUCCCAAACCCAUUUCUUUCUGAGCCCCUGGCAAUAGAAGAGACACUAGUUGGGAACAGGGUCCCGCCUCAAGAGUUCAAUCCUCUGGGCUGCACGGACAGGCUCACAUCUGCCCGAGGAGUGUGGAGCCCCUGGGAGCCCCGCACAGUGGGACGGGCACCUCUGUGGCAGAGUGAGCUUAUAGCAUGGUUACAGGCUGUGGAUGGAGGCAACGGUAAGGGGCAGGUGCCUGGCAGCAUGGAGUUAUAAUUCCUAAGUAAUGAGUCCAAAUAAACAUACUAUUUAAAC